AUGUUCAUCUCAACAAAAACGUUUCUUUUGAUCUUGGCCUUGAUGAUGGUGUACUUAACACAAUGCGUAAGGACGUCUCCGACUUUCCCUGGAGCCGAAGAAGUCGCAGAAGAAGUCCGAACGUGUAAAAUCGAAGUAAAAACGGUAAGUAUCUUGCAGAUGGGCGACUUUAAGAGGGGUUCUGGUACUGUACAAUAGGCUUAGGCCCUGCGGGAAUAAUGUUUGUUAGGUCCAAGGGUUGCUAGUGAUAGACUUAAUCGGCCGCUGCUUCCGCCUGAUUGCGCCAUUUUAAUCACGUUUACGUGUCCUCGCUCUCGUUUAAAUCUCAUAUCCGCCACCUCAAUUUUUGCUAAUAUUCAUGCCGCUGAGCAGCGAUUAACAUUUGCCCUUAUGGCGAUGCACAAACACUUUAAUCCGACCCAAAUCUUUAUAGAUUAUUUAGUUCCCUGCGCACCCCGGUUUACUGUACCUUUCAUCAUUUGAUGACCGUAGACGCCCGCUCGAAUUCCGAUGUUCGGACCCCAUCUGACACUCCCGCUUUGAUAGCUGUUGACUAUAAAAAAUAUAUUAAUCUGACGCUGUAAUGAUUAAUCGGGGUGCGUGAUGAGACUGCGAAAGUUGCAAGCUUCACAGUUAAAUCACAUUUUCAGCUUUAGAAUGCCCUUCUUUAGUGCCCUUUAACAGAUCCUUGACUGAUUAUUGAAAGGUCAGAAAGUAGGUAUGCCCUAAGUCAUGCUGCGGCUCGCCUGGGAAACCUGUCUAGCGUCGCCUGUCUUAUGAAAUCGUCAUCUCCGUGUUACUUUUCUUUUUGCUAAAUCGUUGAAAGUCACGCGACUAUACACUUAAACAUUACAACUGUCUGGGCGGAGAAAUUUUUCGUUGAUUUCUAAUUUUGGCAGCCCGCAAACAAUGUCUUCCCAUUGGACUGCCCGGCUGUUUGGAUUGGGGCAACACUUAAGCAGGUCGUUACUUUUUUUCUUUUUUUCUGGUGACCCUGGAGGGAUCUUUACACUUUCUGCAGACAUCUGUUAAACAGUUCCUGUUAAUUUUUGCAUACGUUAAUUAAGAAUGAAAUUAACUGUAGCCAGAGGGCGAAAAUGCUUGGUGCAUACUUUUCGUUGUCAUAUACAAAAGUAAGGCCAAAAAAUACAAAGGUCAGCGCUUGUGAAGACAUGGAACGGUGUCCAGAAACAUUUUUUCUCCGAUUUUAUUGAGCCUCCGCAGCCAUUAAACGUGGCUAGACACGGGAAACAACUAGAUGUUCUUACGUAGAAUUACAAAUGAAGCCUGAGAAACAGAGACAUUGUAGCUGACAUUCAGAGCAACUGUUCAAGCGCUCUCUGACGACACUCGGCAUUCGUCUUUUGUUCUGCCAACAUUUCAUAUUUAUAACUGCUUAAGAUUAGAGUAAUUUUAAUCUUUGUAACUCGUUGACAUUUACCCCGUCUGCAGCAAAGUUAAUUUAGAGGUCCUUGUACUAUAAUAAGUCCGAAAAAAGACUCUAGAAAUGUUCCGCUCUCCCAAAAAUAACCGGGAUUAGGCAUCUAUUAGAUGGGAGGUGUUCCAUUAUCUCAAAUCUCAGGGACCUUCUCCGUCUGUGGAGCUAAUUAUAAGAGCUAAAUCUUUGGGAUGUUACGAUAGCAAUGGCAACUGCGAGUAGUAGCUAUGUUUCUUUUAUUGGAUUCUGAAACGAUGAACGGAUUAGUCUCGUCCAAAUUAAGGUCUCAAGGUAACGAAAUCUAUUUAAUAGGGCCUAGGCUCCAACGGAUAAGACAGCAAGUUUCAAUAGCAGCGUAGACAAAGGAAUCAUCGGCGGCUUAUACCGAUUUAACAUUUAUCCCGAAAAGGCUUUCGAACUUUAGCCUACGUGAAUUUUGAGCCGAGCAGGAGGAAGUUUACGGUGCAGCGAUCUGUCUUCCAAAGAACCGGAGGCUAUGAAAGUAAUAAUACUAUCCUUCCAUGGGAAACUGGUCUUCUAGACCGUAUUAAUGCAAACCCCCACAUGGCCUUUUAUUCCUGAAUUCAUUAAUACAUGAGGGGGGUGACAUCAGUAAUACCUUCGUUUAUUUGCAUUUUAUUUUCGUUUCUUUCAGACAGUAACUCAUGAAGGCAAAUGCAUCCGACUGCGUGGUCAGAUUCCCGCUUGUGCAUCAGACGGCUAUCUGGAUGUGAAAACAGAUGAAUGUAACUAA